CAUUUACCUAUAUAUAUAUGACGUAAGGUUGAUGAUUGUAUAAAAUAAGAUAUUAAUUAUUAUUUGAUUCUCGUUUAGUCGUUUGAUUACAUUCAAGAUGAAGUCAACGUCGAUUUUACUGUUGUACAUUGCAUUAUCGUCAGCAGACUCUGCUGUAAACUGGGCCGUGGACGAUAAUACAGUUCCAGAAUCGUUACCUGAUUUGAUGCGUGAUAAUUUCUAUAGUAAUGAAGAAAUUCAAAAAGCUGUGUUUUGGGCGUAUAAAAUUCAAUACGAUGUUAUUUCUGAAUAUAAUGGUCGAGUAUACGAUGUAGAAUCACCAUUGGGAUAUUUUAAUGAUGUCUUAAUUUUACCAAAGACCAGAGCAUCAUCAAUAAACUCAAACGUCAUAUUCGAAAAUAAUACCGUCCGCGGUCUAAUAGAUUUUAAAAGUAAUAAUGUCGUCAUACGAUGGUCACAAGACCAGGUAUCUACAGAGAUAACUUGGAAAGAGCUUCAAAUUGUUGGAAAAUAUACAUUUGUAGACGAAUGGAGAUACGUAACAGGGAAAUAUGAAAUUUCUGUAGAAGAUGUUGUGUAUCAGACCAAUACGCCGUUGUCCAAAAACACUGAGUUGUAUCCUUCGUCGGUGCCAAAUGCAGCCGUAUCUUAUAGAACAUUUAGAACCAACUUUACUGGGCACUAUUCAAUUCCAGAGGAAUUUUCAGCUACACGGUAUUUCCUAGAAGAAGUGGUUUUGGGACGCAUUGCGGACUAUACUCUGAAAGCGACACGGGAGAACGUGACGUCGGCCAUCAGAGCGGCCGUCCAGCCGUACGUGCAGUACCGGAACAGGUCAGACCCACACUUCCCGGCCACCACCGACCGGCUGGACGACGGACGGUUGUUCACAGUCAGCGACCUGUUCGUCGACGGCCUGGACACCGCGUUGCAGAAAGUGAAAUCUGUGUGGACGGAACCGAGCACGGGCGCCGUAAUGGUGGCCGUCGAGCACGUGUUGCACAACCUCAGCGGUACGUUUAAUCUGCGAGUCGGCUCAAGAGAGACCGAACUGCAGCAGCCCGCCCGCUUAAUUGAUUUUUCCAUGGAUCGGAUCGACUUGAGUAUUACGUACGACGUGCUCAGACCCGACUGCCUUUGCUUGACCACUGUGCAAGUGGACAAGACGUCCACUUGGCCACACGACGGUCGAGACGACGAUGGGCACCUGCUGCCACUGCGAGUUACCACUGCGUUCGCCAACACCAUCAAAGAUCAUUUGUCCGUCGGUACUUGUGCGACCAUCGCGAAAACCAACAAGUACGGUACCAAUAACCGAUGUCAAUGAAUACCUACUUGACUUACAGCUGAAAAAUCAUUUGAAUAUUUCUGUAUACUUUAAUACAUUUUUUAUACCUUUUUUUUUUGUUUGACACGAAUAUUAAAAUAAAUGCGAUUUGUAAUACGUAAUCGUAUUAGAUAAUAAUAUAUGACGUUAUGAUCUUUGAACCUGCGGUAAGAUAACUAUUUAUAUCGUUCAAUAUUAUUAAAUGAUUUAUAAAUAAAAUACACAAGUAUUAUGGAUGUAA